AUGAGUGAAACUCCAAUGUUCAAAGCCGAUGGUACAUCCCAACAGGAAGCUGCUGAAGAUGUUAGAAUUCUAGGUUACGACCCAUUAGUCUCUCCAGCUCUUCUUCAAGUUCAAAUUCCAGCUACUCCUAAAUGUAUUGAAACUGCCAAGAAAGGUAGAAGAGAAUCCAUUGAAAUUAUUACUGGUAGAGAUGAUAGAGUCCUAGUCAUCGUUGGUCCAUGCUCCAUUCAUGAUCUAGAUGCUGCCAAUGAAUACGCUUUGAAAUUGAAGAAAUUAUCUGAUGAAUUACAAGGUGAUUUGUUAAUUGUUAUGAGAGCUUACUUAGAAAAACCAAGAACUACUGUCGGUUGGAAAGGUUUGAUCAAUGAUCCAGAUGUCAACAACACUUUCAACAUUAACAAGGGUUUACAAGCUGCUAGACAAUUGUUCGUCAAUUUGACUAACAUUGGUUUACCAAUUGGUUCUGAAAUGUUGGAUACUAUCUCUCCUCAAUUCUUAGCCGAUCUUUUAUCUUUUGGUGCCAUUGGUGCUAGAACUACCGAAUCUCAAUUACACAGAGAAUUGGCUUCUGGUUUAUCUUUCCCAAUUGGUUUCAAGAACGGUACUGAUGGUACUUUAGGUGUUGCUGUUGAUGCUUGUCAAGCCGCAUCUCAUUCCCAUCAUUUCAUGGGUGUCACCAAGCAUGGUGUCGCCGCCAUUACUACCACCAAGGGUAACGAACAUUGUUUCGUCAUCUUAAGAGGUGGUAAGAAGGGUACCAACUACGAUGCUAAGUCAGUUGCUGAAGCUAAGGCUCAAUUACCAGCUGGUUCCAACGGUUUAAUGAUUGAUUACUCUCAUGGUAACUCUAACAAGGAUUUCAGAAACCAACCAAAGGUUAACGAUGCUGUCUGUGAACAAAUUGCUAACGGUGAAAACGCUAUCAUCGGUGUUAUGAUUGAAUCGAAUAUUAAUGAAGGUAACCAAAAGGUCCCACCUGAAGGUAAAGCUGGUUUAAAAUACGGUGUUUCUAUUACUGAUGCUUGUAUAAGUUUCGAAACCACUGAAGUCGUUUUAAGAAAAUUGGCUGCUGCUGUUAGACAAAGAAGAGAACUUAAAAAGCAAAACGCUUAA